AAAGCUGCAGAGAGAGAGAGAGAGAGAAGGGGAGAGAGAGAGGGGGAGGCUGCAUGUGAGGGGAGAAUCAUUGAGCUCCCGAUCUUCACUGAGGACGAACAACUUACCGACACUCUGGAAACCUGGGAACCAACCGGACGCUCGUCCGUCUGCUGAGGACAUUUCCCCCUCAUCCUCCUCCUCCUCGUCUUCCUUCUUCUUCUCCUCCAUGAAUUAAUCUGUCCACCGUCAGGAAAGUUAGAUGGCAAAAAGAGAUGUGGAAUUAUCCUGAGAGGAAAAUAUUAAGCUUCUAAAGAAAAGGAAGGAAUAACGGAGCCGGAUCUGUGGAGGAUUCCAAGAGUGACUGACAUUUUCCACCGACGAGGCAGGAGGAGGAAAAACUGAAGGGAUGUGAGAAAAGAUCUCUGCAGGGCUGAGCACAGAGGAAUGUUUCUAUUAAGAGUCAGAACUUUCUCACCGAGUGUGUGUAUGUGUGUGUGUGUGUGUGUGUGUUGGGGGGGGAUUUGAAGAGAAGGGAAAGUUAGGAUAACACAGCACACACACACGUCAGAUAUCAUCAUGUUCAUCAUCCAUCUCUGUCGGCUGCAGACUCACAGGUGCAGGGAUGAGUUGAGACAAGGCGACAAGGACACUCAAGGAUUUUCACACAUUCAUGAGGACACACACACACACACACACACACACGUGUGCAGGUAUGUAGUUCAGGGUAAUCCCACCCGCACGCGCGAUGCCUCCCAACUCGGGAAAUGUUACAUCACCGAUAUCUGCGUCGAAACAGAUCAAAGUUUUGCUGCGAUGAAAAGGAAAAAAACCUCUUUGGCCGUUCGCUUUGUGGAAAUCAAAGACGGUGGUUCGUCUCUUUGAAGAGACGUGUGUGGACGUGAGGUGCUGCGGUACUCGGAUUUGUAACAUCCCGGACUUCAGAAGGAUCUAAUAUUUUUAACAUGAGUGCAGCUUCGACGGACCUCAACUGUCAUCGCUCCGACUUCAAAUGGAAUCUAUAAUCAGAAGACGAGAAGAUUUGUUUUUCUUUUAUAUGACUGAAGACAUUUGGUUUGGCCCAACUGGAAGACUGCACACACAAACUGAGGAUAUUAAUUGAUGUGUAUUCAUUAUCCGAGACUCAACAGCUGACUCCAGGAGUCUAUUUUUGUUUCCCCGUGCGGAGGUGAUCAUCCUCUUGUUCCUCCGACAGACAAAUUCGAGGAUCGAGAGUUUCCUCUGAGACUCUGGAUUUAAUAAGUAAUGGAACAUAUUGAAUUACUAUUCAUCACUGACGUGUUGGGUGGUCUUAUAUUAUCAGAGUUCACCCGGGGAGAGAAGAAGCAAAGCGUAAAGAAUGAAUGAAGACAUGACUUUCCUCCUUCUUACUCCACUCUGGUCCAUCACCCAUGCUGCCGUCCUGAGGCGAUUCUGUCUCCUGUGGCUGUGACGGCGUUACCAAGCUUGACACCAUGAACCUUCGUGGUGGCAACGUGUCACAGUUGAUCUCCGAAGCCGUCAGAGCCGUGACCAGCCUGGAGUCCAACCCCUGGCCUGCACGUGGAUUCCAGGAAAACGCCCUGCGAAUCAAGAACGCAACAAACUCGGGGUGUCGCGGAAGCGACGUGGUCUAUAACGGCGUUGACGCUCAGUUGGGGAACUGGUCUUACCACGACGCAGGAGGAGCCCGUGGCGAGGAGUGGGGCAGGAUCCACGGCUCGCAGUGUCCACCCCAAGAGAUGGUGGUGGAGAAGAACUGGGCGGCGCUGCUGAUUCUGGUCGUCAUCGCCGUCACGGUCAUGGGCAACAUCCUGGUCAUCCUGGCGGUUUCCCUGGAGAAGAAGCUGCAGAACGCCACAAACUACUUCCUGAUGUCACUGGCCGUUGCCGACAUGCUCCUCGGCAUCUUGGUCAUGCCGGUGUCCAUGGUGACCAUUCUCUACGAUUAUGGGUGGCCCUUCCCGUCUGACCUCUGUCCCAUCUGGAUAUACCUGGACGUCCUGUUCUCCACGGCGUCCAUCAUGCACCUCUGCGCCAUCUCCCUGGACCGAUACAUCGGCAUACGAAACCCGAUCCACCACAGCCGCUUCAACUCCCACACCAAGGCCCGCAUCAAGAUCAUGGCGGUGUGGACGAUUUCAGUGGGGAUCUCCAUGCCGAUUCCCGUGCUGGGACUCCGGGACCACUCCAAGGUCUUCAAGGACGGCAGCUGCCUGCUGACAGAUAACAACUUUGUGCUGGUCGGCUCCUUCGUGGCGUUCUUCGUGCCCCUCACCAUCAUGGUCGUCACCUAUUUCCUGACCAUCAGCGCCCUGCAGAACGAGGCCACCCUCUGCCUGGACCAGCUGGUCCCGCGGCCCAAGUGGAGCGCCACGUUCACCCUGAGCUUUUUGCCGCAAACGUCGCUGUCCUCCGAGAAACUCUUCAGGCGCUCGCUGAGUCGCGAGGCCGGCGGCAGGGGGAGCGGCGGCGGCAUGGCCGGCGCCCGCGGCAGCAUCUCGGGCUCGCUGUUCGGCCGGCGCACCAUGCAGUCGAUCAGCAACGAGCAGAAGGCCUCCAAGGUCCUCGGGGUGGUGUUUUUCCUCUUCGUGGUCAUGUGGUGUCCAUUCUUCAUCACCAACGUGCUGGUGGUGGUGUGCGACCCGGCGGUGUGCGACGCAGGACUCAUGGGCGGUCUGCUGAACGUUUUCGUCUGGGUCGGGUACUUGUCCUCCGCGGUCAAUCCGCUGGUUUACACGCUGUUCAACAAGACGUACCGCGCGGCGUUCCAGCGCUACGUCCGCUGCCAGUACCAACCGCAGAGGAAGCCUCUGCAGCUCAUACUGGUGAACACCAUCCCGCCGCUGGCGUACAACUCCACCCAACUGCCCCUGGGCAACCUGGGGAAGUUCUGCAACGGAGCUGCGCACUCGUACGGGGAGGCAAAGGGAUUCUCUUUACCCGGGCGGGAAACAGAGACGUGCAGGUCGGACACAAGCCAUGGAGACAAAGAUGAAAGUUGUGUGUGACAGUAAAAUAAAACCCUCCCUGAGGAGUUGGUCCUGAGUGAAUCAUGGAUCGGAUAAAUCUUCAUCUGAGGUCACUUCAUCCUCGGGAGCAAAGGUUUUGAACUUAAAGUGCCAAAGUCGCAGUCAGGAUUGUAGAAAUACAGAGAUUAUAAUGAAUUUAAAUUAGGAAUAGAGUAUAAAGCUUCUCCUUCAGAGCCACUCGAGGAGUUUUUGUCCCCAGUUAACCCCAAUCAGCGUCUGAUCCUCGUAAUACGGGUCUGGAUCAAUCGAAUAAACAGAAUGACAUUCUGAUAACCAUCUAUACCCAGAGUCACUUCAAUCAGAGCUCGUUUCAUGUCCUGGGUUUCGGUCUCAGUGCUUUGUCAAACCCCUUCUGCUCAAAAUCAAAUUAGUCCUGGAAGGUUUUUUAAAGAAGUGGAAGCGAUCACCAUCUUCCAGUCUGAUCAUCAAGCGAACAGAGAGUCAACAGAGGCAAAUCGCCGCUGCCAUUCAUAACAAACUCUUCAGACGAAAGUCUUCACAUCAUCUUAAUUCUCCCCGGAUGCUCGGCUGCAGUGACCUCAGACUCCCUGGUUUCACUCAGGUUCAUCUCAACUUUGGGCGGAUCUGCGGCGAUGAGACUGGAUUUUCUGACGAGCUUGACGCACCGGGACUCGAAAAAGACUCCUACUUUAUUCUGUUGGGAAUAACGACAUUGUCUGACAGCAGGCGGAGAGGAAGUAACGUCUUCUCACAGAGAGACAAACGGUAAAUAAAAUCUAUAUUUGUAUUUUGUGCAGACAUGUGAAUAAAUGUAUGCGACGGUCAUCGUUCCUGGUGCACAGAGAAGAUUGUGAAAUGGGAUUUUAAGUGCAAAUCGUGUUUGUUGUGAAACGUUUGUUGUGUUCUUGCACAUUCGCACAUGUUUUCAAAAAGAACUGUUCUGAAUAUAUCGAGGUUGUUCUCUUUACUCGCUGUAACAAGUGGUCUGGUAGUUGGUUGCCACGUGUUCAAGUAUUCAGUAGACUCACUGUUAGACUAAAGAGAGAAUCAUCUGGGUGGAAGGACGAGGGCUCUGUUGAUGCUCGAAGGUUUGUGUCGCGGAUGAAUCACCAAGACGCGUGUCAGACAUGAGACUUGGUCCAAACGGCCGGGCGACGCUGCGACAGGCGGACAGCGCGUCGAGGUACGAGGUCCCAAUGCACACAGCAAAAUCAAAAUCAUUUGUCAUGACACUGACGAUAUGUCAAGCACAGUUAAACAGAUUUUUUUUUUUGGAAGUCUCUGAGAAAAGUUUUACUAUUACGACCAAAGUAAAAAAAAAAGGUUCUACACAGAAAAGACGUCCAACAUAACCAAAA